AGAGAGAGGGUUCCCACUCAAAAAGUUUGAAUUUUUUUACACCCUUUGAGCUCUAGUUUGCAAUCCCAUUAAAGGGUUACUACCAAUUUAGUAUUAUUAGUUGAUUUUUGAUGAACAUGUGGAUGAUGGGUUACAAUGACGGCGGAGAUUUGAAUUUUUCUUCCGAUUCAUUCAAUGCCCGGAAACUUCGACCGCUCAUUCCUCGCCCUCUCUCUUCUCCCUCCACCAACGAUUUCUUCUCUCAAUUUUAUCAAAUNAGGACUGAUCAGAGCAAAAGAGAGUUGAAUAAUGCACCACCGCCGCCGGUCGUGGUAAGCUCGCGGUGGAAUCCGACGCCGGAGCAGUUGAGAUUACUGGAGGAAUUGUACCGCCGGGGAACUCGAACACCGUCCGCCGACCAGAUUCAACAUAUCACCGCUCAGCUCCGCCGUUUUGGGAAGAUCGAAGGGAAGAACGUGUUCUAUUGGUUUCAGAAUCACAAGGCUAGAGAGCGGCAGAAACGCCGCCGUCAGAUGGAAUCUUCCGACCAGUCGAUUUGCGACAUUGAAAUCCUCGAACGGAAAGAUUCAGGGUCGGGUAGGACAGUCUAUGAAGUUGAACACACCAAGAACUGGCCUACCUCUACAAACUGCCGUACACUUGUGGAGGAAUCUCUUCCAAUUCAACGCGCGCCAAAAGAUUGCACUAAGACACAAAAUGGAUGCCUCCAUUCUACGGCGGCCACUCCCGGCGGUGUCGGUGGCGGUGGCGUUGGUGGCUGCAGGCAACUGAUGAUGAACACCGCCCCCAUGGCCGCCACCACCACGACCGCGACAGUUACAACAAUAAUGCACCAAGAUGAUGGGGUUGAAGGAUUAGAAGAAUCAGAAACCCUACAACUAUUUCCAUUGUGCAGUGAGACAAGAAAUGGUGGGUGUGAAACAGUGGGAAGCUCAGGGAUGAACAGUGCUAAUGUGAUGACUCCACUUCAGUUCUUUGAAUUCCUUCCAUUGAAGAAUUGAUUAAGGCAUGAAGAAGUGAUUUACCAAAGCUUUAAAGUUUGUUCUUUCUGUUUAUGUAAGUUGAUUGAUGAAUAGUUUGGUGAAAUGUUUCUUUUCUUUUCCCAUUUGGGCUUUCAAUUUCGUGUUUUAGUCACAGUUUUAUAUCGGGUUGAUUCUCAACGCUCAAAUAUCAAAUAUUUAUAAGUUACAAUGCA